AUGGCGGAACAGCAAGAGCCAUGCAAACCUAGCGAAAUAAGUUCGCACGUGCAAAACCGCAAAGGUUUGUUUGAAAAUGUUCGGGACAUUGUAGCCCAGGCAGCACCACGAAUGCAGUUGAGAGAUCAUCAUGAGAACUCUCAGUAUGUGAAUAAAGGCACAUCGAAUGAGUUUGACUCGACGACUGCCUCUACUCCUGUUGUGGCACAACCUGAUGUUUCUAGACCCGACGUGCCACAUGCCGGAAACGGUGCUGAUGAGAAAGGGUACGAAGAUAUCUCUUCUGACAGUGAUACUGACCCAAUGGACGCGGUCAUGAGGGACCUCGAUAGGCAAGAGGUGAAUGACGACAGUGAUGACGAUGAUGAUGAGGACUUUGCUAAAGGUCUAUUAACUGACCUACAGGCCUUCGUUAGCGCAAACGAAGAGACCAGUGGAAAAAUAAGGCCUUUUUUGGCUGAGUCCAUCAACCAAGGGUUACAAAAAAUGGCGAACCAAAAGAAGCUGAAGGAAGUGGCAGACAGGUAUAAACGGCCUGAGAACUGUGAUUUUUUGCUUACACCAAGAGUGAACCAGGACAUAUGGUUACAGGCUAAGCCUUACACAAAAAACAGAGACACUAAAUGGCAAGGUAUACAGAAUGAGGUUGUGAAGGCAAUGAUGCCUAUGAUUCAGGUCACAAAUGAUCUCAUGGUGGCUGCCAUUGACAAGGGUCAAGUCAAUGUCAGAGAGCUCUUAAAGAAGAGCUCAGACAGCAUUAAGCUGAUGACGGCAUCUAUCUCAAUAAUGAAUCAAAGACGCCGGGAAAACUUUCGACCUGAUUUGACAGGGGCUUACAAGAGACUUUGUUCAGCCCAGCUUCCGACAACAAAUUGGCUCUUUGGAGAUGAUCUCUCCAAACACAUCAAAGACAUCUCUGAAUCUUCUAUGAUUGGACAAAAAAUUGGACACCCUCAAAAAUCCAAAUUUGACAACCAUUCCAGGCCCCAUCCAUACAAGAACUGGAAGGCAAACAAAGGGGGUAAGAACCGUCACUCAGGCAACCAGCAGCACCAUUCCAAAGCCUUUAACCAUGGUGAGCCGCAAUAUUUUUUAGGAAAGAAGAGGGGCAGAGGAGACAAGAGAUUCUAG